UGAAUUUGCCAAGCUGGGAGGAAAGAAGAAAGGGAGGGGAGGGGAGAAUCGAGGACUGCCGGCCUAGCCAGGCCGAGAAUGCAAUUGCCCUGGCGGUGGGAGCUGGGCGACCCUUGUGCUUGGACUGGACAGGGUUGGGGGACACGCAGGAUGAGCCCCUCGACCACUGGCACCUUCUUGCUGACAGCUUUAUUAUUAAGCCUUGCUGAUGGCAUAAGUGGAACAGUUAACUGGAAGACCAAACAGGCCAACAGUUUUAUUAUCGGCAGAAAAAUGGCUGUUGGGAAGAAGCAUGUGUACACCAUCUUCUCGAAGGUGCACUCUGAUCGGGACGUGUACCCAUCUGCUGGCGUCCUCUUUGUUCACGUUUUGGAAAGAGAGUCUUUUAAGGGAGAAUUCCCACCUUACCCCAAACCUGGUGAGAUUAGUAAUGAUCCCAUAACAUUUAACACAAAUUUAAUGGGUUACCCAGACCGACCUGGCUGGCUUCGGUAUAUCCAAAGGACACCGUAUAGCGAUGGAGUCCUCUAUGGGUCUCCAACAGCUGAAAACGUGGGGAAACCAACAAUCAUUGAGAUAACUGCCUACAAUAGGCGUACCUUUGAGACUGCAAGGCACAAUUUGAUAAUUAAUAUAAUGUCAGCAGAAGACUUCCCGUUACCAUAUCAAGCAGAAUUCUUCAUUAAAAAUAUGAAUGUAGAAGAAAUGCUGGCCAGCGAGGUUCUCGGAGACUUUCUUGGGGCAGUGAAAAAUGUGUGGCAGCCGGAGCGCCUGAACGCCAUUAACAUCACGUCAGCCCUGGACAGGGGGGGCCGGGUUCCGCUCCCUAUUAAUGACAUGAAGGAGGGCGUUUAUGUCAUGGUUGGUGCCGAUGUCCCAUUUUCUUCUUGUUUGCGAGAAGUUGAAAAUCCACAGAAUCAAUUGAGAUGCAGUCAAGAAAUGGAGCCUGUAAUCACGUGUGAUAAAAAAUUUCGUACUCAAUUUUACAUUGACUGGUGCAAAAUUUCACUGGUUGAUAAAACAAAGCAAGUGUCCACCUAUCAGGAAGUGAUUCGUGGAGAGGGGAUCUUACCUGAUGGUGGAGAGUACAAACCCCCUUCCGAUUCUUUGAAAAGCAGAGACUAUUACACGGAUUUCCUAAUUACACUGGCUGUGCCCUCGGCGGUAGCAUUGGUCCUUUUUCUAAUACUUGCUUAUAUCAUGUGCUGCCGACGGGAAGGCGUGGAAAAGAGAAACAUGCAAACACCAGACAUCCAACUGGUCCAUCAUAGUGCUAUUCAGAAAUCUACCAAAGAACUUCGUGACAUGUCCAAGAAUAGAGAGAUAGCUUGGCCCCUAUCAACGCUUCCUGUGUUUCACCCUGUAACAGGGGAAAUCAUACCUCCUCUCCACGCAGACAAUUAUGAGAGCACUAAUAUGCCAUUGAUGCAGACACAGCAGAACUUGCCACACCAGACUCAGAUUCCCCAACAGCAGACUACAGGUAAAUGGUAUCCCUGAAGAAAGAAAACUGACCGAAGCAAUGAACUUGUAAUGCAACAAUAUAGCUGUUAUAUCGCUUAUUUCUUCUUUCUUCCAAUAAUGCAUGAGCUCUUUUGGCGUGUGGUGUGCAUGUCAACAGUAUUAAGUAUGUACCAAAUAAUACAAUAUAACUUUCAUUUUGCUAAUGUAUUUCUUUUGUACUUAAAGCAUUUUUGACAAUUUGUAAAACAUUGAUGACUAUAUAUUUGUUACAAUAAAAAGUGAUCUUUAAAAUAAAUAUUAUU